UCUAGCGGCCGACAGGAUUCUACUCUUUCAGCAAGGGGACCGUCCAGUUGAGGAUCACACCCGUGAGUUUUUAGAGCUGGAAAACGUAGUGCACUAUCCAGACUGCUCUCUGGUGGUUUUCUUCUGGGCCGGUCUGAAUAGUGCACUGAGGGAACUCAUGCCUCCAGCUGAUCCUCACUGGAUGCUCAGCGAUUAUGUGGAGAAGGCUCUGGAACUUAGCGGUUCCACUUAAUCAGUGGAUUAUGGCGGGAACCCCGGGCCAAAACCUGCGUCCACGGCCCCUGUCUCGAAGCCUUCCAUGGCCCCUGUCUCCAAGUUGUAUGAUCUGCCACUGAUGUCGGUGUGUAGGUCUAUGAAGACCCUACCUCAAAAAUUGUCUGCGCUCACGCCUGCCACGGUCAAUGAGCCAGCGCCCAUGCCUGCCACGGUCAACAAGCCCACACCUGCCACGGCCAAAGAGUUGCCAGCCUUGUCUGUCCCAGAGCCAGCAUUGCCAGCCUCGUCCGUCCCAGAGCCAGCGUUGCCAACUUCGGCCAUCCAGAGGAGGAGGAAGAGAAGAAAAGUCUCUUCCCAUUUACACAACCACAGAGGUCGUUCCCGAGUCUCAUCCCAUGUUCGCGACCACGGAGGUCGUUCCCGAGUCUCUGCCCAUGUUCGCGACCACGGAGGUCGUUCCCAAGUCUCUGCCCAUGUUCGCGACCACAGAGGUCGUUCCCGAGUCUCAUCCCAUGUUCGCGACCACGGAGGUCGUUCCCGAGUCUCAUCCCAUGUUCGCGACCACGGAGGUCGUUCCCGAGUCUCAUCCCAUGUUCGCGACCACGGAGGUCGUUCCCGAGUCUCUGCCCAUGUUCGCGACCACGGAGGUCGUUCCCGAGUCUCUGCCCAUGUUCGCGACCACGGAGGUCGUUCCCGAGUCUCUGCCCAUGUUCGCGACCACGGAGGUCGUUCCCGAGUCUCUGCCCAUGUUCGCGACCACGGAGGUCGUUCCCGAGUCUCUGCCCAUGUUCGCGACCACGGAGGUCGUUCCCGAGUCUCUGCCCAUGUUCGCAUCCACGGAGGUCGUUCCCGAGUCUCUGCUCAUGUUCGCGACCACGGAGGUCGUUCCCGAGUCUCUGCCCAUGUUCGCGACCACGGAGGUCGUUCCCGAGUCUCUGCCCAUGUUCACGACCACAGAGGUCGUUCCCGAGUCUCUGCCCAUGUUCAUGACCACGGAGGUCGUUCCCGAGUCUCUGCCCAUGCCCACGACCUCCUGCAGCUCUGCCCGCUUCCUAGAGACUCCUCCUACAGACUCCUCCACCUCCUGACCCUGUCGGCCCUGCGGCCGCCUCCUGACCCUGUCUCGGCCCUGUGGCCACCUCCCAGGCCUCCUGACCCAGUCCACACCUUGAGGUCUUCUCCUUGGUCUCCUGGCCGUCUGCCUGAUCUGCUCUGGUCUCCCUGGUCACCUGGCGGUCCGCCUGAUCUGCUCUGGUCUCCCUGGUCUCCUGGCCGUCCGCCUGAUCUGCUCUGGUCUCCUUGGUCUCCUGGCUGUCCCCCUGAUCUGCUCUGGUCUCCCUGGUCUCCUGGCCGUCCGCCUGAUCUGCUCUGGUCUCCUGGCCGUCCGCCUGAUCUGCUCUGGUCUCCUGGCCGUCCGCCUGAUCUGCUCUGGUCUACUUUGCUGUCUGCCUGAUCUGCUCUGGUCUACUUGGUUCUCCGAGCCUGCAGCAUCACCCUGGCUCUCCAUCCCUCCAGCUUCGCCUUGGUUUCAAGCCUCCCUGACUUUGCCUUGUUCCUCUGCUCCCCUUGUGCCCCCCCAGAACUACCUGUUUUUUCCCCCACACCCCAUGGACAAUUAGUUUUUUUUUUGUUUUUUGGAGCGUCUGGAAUCUGCUCCUUUAAAAGUGGGGCUCUGUCACAUUCCCUGUUGUUUGUGUUGAAUUAUGUUGAAAUUCUGGUUUAGUUCCUGUUUCCUGUUAGUUUUGUAGUCCUUUUUGUAGUUUCUUUUCAUGAUUGGUUUUCCCUUGAUUGUUUCCCCAGGUGUUCCUCACUCCCUUGUUUUCCCCUGGUUUUUUGUCAGUCUUCAUCUGUAUUAUGCUGUGCUUUGUUCCUUGUUUUGUUUCAUUAUGUUCUGAGUUACCUGGUUUACUUUUGUUUUAUUAAAGGCUGCAUUUAGAUCCUCAUUCCUCUCCUGUCUCGUCACACAAUCAGUUACAUUUGAGAGUGUAUAACAAUCCUGGAUGAAAAUAAAUACAUAUAAAAUGAAGAAACUGCCAU